AUGUCAACGAAUAUACAACCUCAAGUUGACGUAAUACCAACAAUACCUAACAUGGUUAUCAUAAAUACUAUAAAUCAUCUUGUUGAUAGAAUCAAAAUUCUAUCAGAGCAAGUACAUACAUGUAUGAAAAUUAGUGAUCAAUUCAUAAACCAUUCAUUUAAAUCAAUAAAUAUGAAUGGUACCCAUGCAAAAUAUGUCCAUAAUCGAAGCGUUCUGUAUAUUAUCAAAAAACUUUUACGCCUGAAACAAUCAAACCAAAAUGUAAUCAAAUCAUUGCAUCGUUAUCAAUGCUAUAUGGAAAAAUUAAUUUUUGAUAUACAACAAGAAACUACAAGAAGUAAUCAAACGGAAAUUACAAGAAUUAAAUCAAGAAGGUCCAAAAAUGUUGAUACUGUUCAACAAGUUGUAGAAGCCGAGUAUCAACUGUUAAAAAGUCUUAAAUGUUCUCUGGAAUCAAAAUUGCAUCUACUAUUUGAUACAGUUGAAAAUGUAAAGUGUGUUCAAUGUAAACUUGAUCAAUGGAUAACUGAGCAUGAGCAAAAUAUAGAACAUUCCAAGAAAUGUGACGAAAUUCUUGCAGAAUUAACAACAAUAGAUGGUCAAGUUGAAGUACUAAAUGAAAGUUAUUCAACAUCGCUGAAUUUAGAAAACAUUUCAAAAAUUAUAGAUUCCACUUUAUCUCAUGUUAAUACAUUGCAAUUAGAUUUAACCAUUAUGUUUGAAAAAAUUCAACAGGUUAUAAAUGGUACAAGAAAUUCAGUUUUUUAUGCUUUAACUGAAGAAUGUACAUUUCUUACGAAACAACUGUCAAAUAAGAAAUUAUUGCAAAAAUUAUUACAAAAUAACGAAGAAAUUCAGACUGUUAGAAGUGAACUAACUAUACAAUAUAAUCGAAUUAAUCAAUAUUUGCAAGCUGAUCUCAACACAAUGAGAACUCGACACAGAUAUCAAGGUCAACAGUUACUUCAUUUAAAUAAUUUACCACUGAAACCAAUAAUUACUAAAAUUAAUCUUGAGCCACAUAGGCUAUGA